AUGUCUCUCACGCGCGACACGUUCAUCUACCGAGGCGCCCUCGUCAUCGGGCUCCUCCCCUCCUUCUUCGGCUUGAACUCGCUCCUCAGGCCAGAAGGUUCCCUCAAAUCUGUCGAGUUCCCAGUUCCCACAGACCCCGAGUCACGGAAGCUCGUCUUUGGCCUGAUGCGCAUCUACGGUAUCCGCAACGUCGUUGUCAGCUUCACCCUUACGCUGAUCUGGUUGACUGGGAAUAAGAGAAUGGUCGGGUUGGGCUUGGUCGGUGCGAUGUGUAUGGCUAUCACUGACGGGUUGGUCAGCAAAUCGGUGACGGGAGGUGGAGAGUGGAAUCAUUGGAGUUUUUUGCCAGUUAUUGGGGUUUUUGUGGCUGGCUUGCUUGGGUGGUUCUGA